UAUCUUCCACCAUGACGCUGCCAGUUCUAACUAGUUUAGGUAUCGCCACUGUGUCGUUGUUUCUAUAUGUUGGUGCUCGUAUUAUUCCGGAGCCAGAAGAUACGUGCCAGGAAUAUUCGCAGAAAUUUUGUGCAGGACAUGUACAAAAAGACCACAUAUUCUGCGCAAGCGAUGGACACAAAUACCACGGCUUGUGUGCUUUCUACUCAGCCUACUGUAAGAACCACAUCACGGUAGUGGGACACGGAACAAACUGUACCCACCCGACUCGUCCCCCACCGAAAACCAGUCCACCGCCCACCCAGUUCGAGCUGAACCUCUUCAAAAGCAUCACCCACGGAAUCGACGACCGCCUGGCUCUGUCCAGGUCCAAGGGAAUCCCUGUGAAGACCGCCAAGAUGAUUUUCUCCAAGCAGGACCACACACACAAGGUGUACGUCAGAAACAAAGACUGCUGGGCGUAUGGCCUGGAUCUGACCUCCAUUUCUCCUUGGAACAGUGACCUCAGAAACAGAAAAGCUGGAACACUAGUAUCACCACGGCAUGUACUGUGGGCCAGACAUUACAGUAUUCACAGAAACAAAACAAUCAGAUUUGUUGACGCCAACAACAACGUCAUUGAACGUCGCGUGAUCUCCACACACUUGGUGAACAGAACAGCGCACGACCACUUCUACGGCAAAGACAUCGUCGUCGGAUUCCUGGACAAAGAUGUUCCGUCGACGAUCAGCUUCGCCCGAGUGAUGCCGAGAGAGAUUGUAUCUUUCCGACCUGCACGCAGCACGAGACUUCCCGUUCUGAGCACUGAUCAGGAGGAGAAGGCGCUGGUGGCGGAUUUCAAUUAUUAUUCCGGUUCCGGAAUCUCUCUGAGGAUACCGAUAGCAAACAGUACACGUCACGAGUUCUACGAACGCAAGAUUUCAGGCGACAGCGGCAACCCAAGCUUCUUCGUUAUCAACCAAGAACUCGUUCUCUUGUUCGUUUUCACAUCAGGUGGCGCUGGUGGUGGUACUAACAUUAACCACUGGUACGACGCGAUCAACAGCAUCAUGGUGCAGCAAGGUGGCGGAUACCAGCUGACUGAAGCCAGUCUACACGGAUUCCUCGAUCACCAGCACCACGAUCUGCCUAACAUCGUGGGUUAAUGGAAUCACAGACUACAUAAAACAUUAAACACUGAAAUAACA